AUGAGCAAAAGAAAAGCUAGUGGCGAAAAGCCGCCUCGUAAAGAAGACAGGACGAAUAUCGACGACGACGAGGAUAGCGAUGGCGAUUCAACAGAAAUCCUAGACAUAGACUUCGAGUGGUGCACCCCUGGAGAAGUCGACUUUCACGGCCUCAAGCUCCUCCUCCGGCAACUCUUCGACGUGGACAACGACCUGCUUGACCUCUCGGAACUCACAAACUUGAUUCUUUCACAAUCGCACGUCGGCUCGACGGUCAAAUGCGAAGGCGACGAGGAAGGCGAGAUGAGCGAUCCCUACGCUUUCAUGACCGUCCUGAACUUGAGCCAUUAUCGCGAGAAGCCUGCCAUGGCUCAACUCAUCCGAUACCUCAUCUCGAUUGCGGCGGCGCACGACACGCUGAAGCAAUUACAACAGCUCCUGGCCCCGGAUUCGAAAGCACAAGUCGGAUUGAUUCUUGGUGAGAGAUUCAUCAAUAUGCCACAUCAGAUCGUGCCGCCAUUGUACACACAACUCGACUCCGAAAUAGCCGCGGCCGCGAAGUCGGGUGAACCAUUCGCCUUCACACAUUAUCUCGUCUUCAGCAGAACAUAUAUCGAGGUUGCUUCACAACUAGACAUGGAUGUUAAGGAUGAUCGACCGCAGAAGAAGAAACCCAAGAAGGGUGGCAAGGGAUCUACUGAUGCAGAAGUCUUCUACUUCCAUCCCGAAGACGAGGUUCUGCAGAAAGCUGCGAUGGGCUUCGCCAACUUCGAGUAUACGAAACAAGGUGGCGAGGGCGCGAGCGAUGCGAAGAGAGCUUUUCAGGAGAUGGGUGUUAAGCCGCAGGGACUGAUGAUUUUGCUUGAGGCGGGGAGGUUCAAGGGGGUGGUGAGAGAGGUGGAGGAAUAUUUGAGUGGGGAGUCGUGA